AUGCAAAACAUUAUUUUUGAAUAUUAUUCUUCAAGAGUGACCCAUUAUGUGAAACAAUGCAACUGGCUUCUCAGUAACUCAUUUCAUGAACUUGACUCACUGGCCUGCGAUUUAAUUCCUGGGAUCAAACCUGUUGGCCCAUUACUUUUGGGCAAUCAAUUAAGCAAUUAUGUUGGAAGCUUUUGGCCUCAGAAUUCAACUUGUCUAUGUUGGCUUGAUAAACAACCUGUGGGUUUAGUCAUUUAUGUUGCUUUUGGUAGCUUAGCAAUCUUCAGGCAGCAACAGUUUGAUGAACUAGUACUUGGUCUUGAACUCAUAGGCAAGCCAUUUUUGUGGGUUGUUGGAUCAGACAUAACAGAUGGAGCACUUGCUGAAUUCUUGCUUGUGUUUAGAACAAGACUAAAUGAUCGUGGAAUGAUUGUUGAAUGGGCACCUCAAGAGAAGGUGUUAGACCAUCCUUCUAUUGCAUGUUUUCUAAGCCUUUGUGGAUGGAAUUCAACCUUGGAGGGUAUAAGCAUAGGAGUCCGAUUUCUAUGUUGGCCUUUCUUUAUAGACCAAUUACAUAAUAGGUGUUACAUAUGUGAUGUUUGGAUGAUUGGUUUAGGGUUAACCCCAGAUGAAAAUGGGUUCAUCACGAGGAAUGAAAUCAAAACAAAAAUAGAAACACUGCUCUCUGAUGAUGGUAUAAAAACAAAUGCACUGAAGCUAAAGAAAAUGGCCAAAACGAGUGUAACUGAAGGUGGAUCCUCUUUUAAGAAUUUCGAAAGCUUUAUUGAACAAUUAAAGCAUUAA